UAUCAGCACAUCCAGAUCGCUACAGCUCGCAGAGUGGGACGAAAUGUAACCAAACACACGACAACGUUGUACCUGUUUAAAGGAGCCGUUGUGGUGCCACCAACCAACUCACCUAUUAUUCAAAGUAAAACCUUCAUCGCUUUGAUCUUGAACGGGAAAUAUUUAAAGUGGUUUCAUAAAAAAGGAACUGAGAAAGGGUUUGACAAGUGAAGACUGUACGUUUGUGGGACUCUGGCAGCGUUUACUCGGCAAAGAUGCUAUAAGAGGUUAACAAGAUGAGAAAAACAAUACCUGCAAAUUAAGACCAGCUGCUCAAGACGUCUAUAGAAGUGGUCCAUCAGACGAGAAUGGCUUGAUUUUUUUUUGUGUGAACAAUGGCCAGCUUUUGACAGCAGCACUCAUGCUUCAGGGAAAGAAAAAUAAAGUUUGCUGCGUCUGAUUUGGAUAUUGUAUUCUGAGACUCGUCUAUAUUGUUAUUAGUCGGCAAGACCACCUGUUUGGUUUGGCAUAUUCACCAUGGCCAAAGUGAUCCAAAAGAAGAAUCACUGGACCACCAAAGUUAACGAGUGCGCGGUUCUCAAAGACGCUCUGGGUGACUUGAAUGUGCCAUUGCUGGGUGGUGCAGAGAACGGAGAGUUCGCCUACAUCGGACAAGUUAACGAGGAUAUCGUUAUUUACAAAAAUGGAAAAUUAACAGAGGGGGAGUUGAUAUUGGAAGUAGAGAACCUAUCGAUCUCUGGAUUGCCUCUGUAUGAUGUACAGACAGUGAUAAAUAAUUGCAAAGGUCCCAUCAGAUUGAAAACAGUCAGACAAGGAACCAAGCUAAAUAAGGACCUGAAGCACUAUCUGAGCCAACGCUUCCUGAAGUCCUCCCAGGACCACGAACUGCAGCAGACCAUUCGAGACAACCUCUACCGCCAUGCUGUGCCUUGUACAACCCGCCCCCCACGUGACGGCGAGGUCCCUGGAAUAGAUUACAACUUCCUGCCUGUGGAGGACUUUCUGGCUUUGGAGCAGAGCGGGACCCUUCUGGAAGUAGGAGCAUAUGAAGGUAACUAUUAUGGAACACCCAAGCCGCCAAGGCAGCCCCCUAGUGGGAAAGUGAUUACCAGAGAUGCUUUGCAAGACAGCCUCCCGGGCUCCCAGCACUCCACUCCCCGACGCACCAAGUCCUACAAUGAGAUGCAAAAUGCUGGAAUAGUGCCUGUAGACCUGGAGGAGGACGAGGAACUCCCGGAGAUGAACAGUAGUUUAACAGGAGACUCGAGUGAACCUGACGAACACCCCUACGCCCCGCGUGAGAACGCCCCGUCCUACGGUGUGAACAACACAUUGUCAUCCACCACGGAGGACUCUCAGCAGACACACAUACACCUCAGCCAUCCUCCCACAGAAGAGGACCCCCUGGGACCUCUAACUGACAACUGGGAGAUGGCCUACACUGAGAACGGAGAGCUCUACUUUAUAGACCACAACACAAAAACCACUUCCUGGAUCGACCCACGCUGCCUGGACAAGCCUCCCAAACCUCUGGAAGAAUGUGAAGAUGAUGAAGGGGUACACACAGAAGAGCUGGACAGUGAGCUAGAGCUGCCAACAGGCUGGGAGAAAAUAGAUGACCCAGUCUAUGGUGUUUACUAUGUGGAUCACAUUAACAGGAAGACCCAGUAUGAGAACCCUAUACUGGAGGCUAAGCGGCUGAAGCAGCUCGAGCAACAGCAGCCACCAGAAGAAUGGAUAGAGGACGCCACCCUGGCUGGUGCCCCGCUAGCCAGCUAUACUGCCAACCACCAGGAAACCUACAGGGAUCCCCAGGCUGGACCCCCACUGCCACCCCUCAUCGGGCCCAAACGAGGGAAGCCCUUCUUCACGCGGAACCCAGCAGAGCUAAAGGGAACCUUCAUCAACACCAAACUGAGGAAGAGCCACCGGGGGUUCGGCUUCACCGUAGUCGGAGGCGAUGAGCCUGAUGAGUUCCUUCAGAUCAAGAGUCUGGUUUUGGACGGGCCUGCUGCCCUCGACGGCAAGAUGGAGACAGGUGACGUGAUCGUGAGUGUCAAUGACACGUGCGUGCUAGGCUACACCCAUGCCCAGGUGGUGAAGGUCUUCCAGUCCAUCCAUAUUGGCUCCAUGGUCAACCUGGAGCUGUGCCGCGGCUACCCCCUUCCUUUUGACCCCGACGACCCCAACACCAGCAUGGUGACCUCCGUGGCCAUCGUGGACAAGGAGCCCAUCAUCGUCAAUGGCCAGGAUAGCUACGACUCCCCGUCCAGCCAUGGCAGCCAUACUGGAGGCCCCGUUAAUGGCAUGAGGGAGUCGAGACCACACAGCCCCUCCUCCGCCGAGGUGGCGUCCAACAGCUCGCACGGUUACCUCAGCGACUCUGUGACGCUGGCGUCAUCCAUAGCGACGCAGCCGGAGCUGAUCACAGUGCACAUGGAGAAGGGAGACAAAGGCUUUGGAUUCACCAUUGCAGACAGCCCUGCAGGGGGAGGACAGAGGGUCAAACAGAUAGUGGACUACCCCCGCUGCAGGGGCCUGAAGGAGGGGGACAUUAUCGUGGAGGUGAACAAGAGGAAUGUCCAGAGCAUGAGCCACAACCAAGUGGUGGACCUGCUCAGCAAGUGCCCCAAAGGAAGUGAGGUCAGCAUGCUGGUGCAGAGAGGCGGAGGGGUGGCACCUGCAAAGAAGAGUCCAAGGCUGCAGUUAGCGAGGAAGGACAGUCAGAACAGUUCUGUGUCCAGCCACCGGAGUACCCACACUGACUCCCCUGUGCACACGUCCCUGGCCCCCCCUCUCAGCAAGAGUAGCCCCCCACCCCCUUCCCAGCCCCUGCCCGGCUUGCCUACCCAGGACCCCCAGGCAGACGGGACCGUUCACAGGAAACCGGACCCCUUCAAGAUCUGGGCCCAGUCCAGGAGCAUGUAUGAAAGUAGGCUGCCUGACUUCCAGGAGCAGGACAUCUUCCUGUGGAGAAAGGACACGGGCUACGGGUUCAGGAUCCUGGGAGGGAACGAGCCAGGAGAACCGAUCUACAUAGGGCACAUAGUGAAAUAUGGGGCGGCGGAUGAGGAUGGACGCCUGCGUUCAGGGGAUGAGCUCAUCUGUGUGGACGGCACGGCAGUGAUGGGCAAGUCUCACCAGCUGGUGGUACAGCUGAUGCAACAGGCCGCCAAGCAGGGUCACGUCAACCUCACCGUGCGACGCAAGACCGGCUACGGAGUGUCUAAAGGGGAGGGCGAGGUGCCCCCAUCCCCAGCCUCAUCACACCACAGCAGCACCCAGGCCCCCUCCUUGACUGAGGGGAAGCGGACCCCCCAGGGCAGUCAGAACUCCCUCAACACGGUCAGCUCUGGCAGCGGCUCCGGCAGCGGCUCCACCAGCGGCAUCGGCAGCGGGGGCGGCGGAGGCUCAGGGAGUGCUGUGGUCAACACCGCCCUGCAGCCCUAUGACGUGGAGAUCCACCGCGGGGAGAACGAGGGCUUUGGAUUCGUCAUCGUCUCCUCCGUGUCCCGACCCGAGUCUGGCACCACCUUUGCUGGAAAUGCAUGUGUGGCCAUGCCCCACAAAAUAGGGCGUAUUAUCGAGGGGAGCCCUGCAGACCGCUGUGGGAAGCUGAAGGUGGGAGACCGUAUCCUGGCUGUCAAUGGCUGCUCUAUCACCAACAAGUCCCAUUCGGACAUCGUCAACCUGAUCAAGGAGGCCGGGAACACUGUCACGCUAAGGAUCAUUCCCGGAGACGACUCCUCUAAUGCAUCACUACUGACCAACGCUGAGAAGAUCGCCACUAUAACAACCACUCACACGCCCCAGCAACAAGCUGCACCUGAACCCAGAAACAACACCAAACCAAAACAGGAGUCCUCUUUUGAGUUCAAAUCCCCCCAGGCCCCUCCUCCCCCCGCCCCAACAACACAACCUCCAGCCCAGGAUGCUGCGUUCUACUCAGUGGACUUGGAGAGGGAGAACAAAGGUUUUGGGUUCAGCCUGCGAGGAGGUCACGAGUACAACAUGGACCUGUACGUGCUGAGGCUAGCCGAGGACGGAGCGGCCGUACGCAACGGCAACAUGAGCGUGGGAGAUGAGAUCCUGGAGAUCAACGGCGAGAGCACCAAGGGCAUGAAGCAUGCCCGUGCCAUUGAACUGAUAAAAGAUGGUGGCCGCCACGCCCACCUGGUCCUCAAGAGGGGUGACGGCUCGGUGCCUGAAUAUGACCCCAGCAUCGACGGUGCCGGCCCAGCCGCAGGGGUACAAAACGCUUCGGAAGUGAGCACCCUGCCCCACAACAACACACCAUCGGACACCAACACACCAGACCCUCACAAACCAUCACGGAGCAAGGACAAGAAGGGCCACCACCAUUCCAAACACAGACACCGCUCCCCGGACAAGAAGAGCAAGAGCAAGGGAGGGUUGUCUGGGGAGACAGGGGCCUCCUCCAAUCAGUCCAAGAGAAAGGGCGACAAGAGCAAGAGGUCUGGUGGGGAUAACCACGGCACUCACCAACACCACAGCAACAGUAGCGGCCACCGCCACCGGAGACACCGCUCCCCUGAUAAGGGUCGUAGCCGGGCCCGCAGCGCAGAGAAAACCCUGGACAGUAGACAAAGCCAAGGGCACAGAGAGAGGGAAGGCCGCUCCCCUGACCGGCACCACACCCACCGCCAGCGCUCUCCCUACAGGUCCCCUCGGCGCAAUCGGUCACCCUAUGGCCACCGCUCCCCCUACGCUCACCGGUCACCCUAUGGUCACCGGUCACCCUACCGCUCACGCCACCACUCCCCCACCCGCUACCACCGCACCCAGUCAUCAGACCCCUACCGGCAGCCCUCCCCAUACAGACUGAGGGGCCAGGAGCCAGAGAGGCCCAACGUGGGGGUAGCACCAGUGCUGAGGAAGCCUCCUGGCCCUGUGCCCAGCCCCUAUCGUGAGGAGAGUGUGCUGCGGGAGCCUCCAGCCCUGGACCGGCUCAACAGGGAGGCCACGCUGCUGAGGGAGUCCAGGGAGGAGCGCCUGUUUGAGGAGGAUAGCCUUCUGCUGAGGGCCUCCACCCUGGAGCGUGACUACAGAGGAGAUGGCCUGUUAUCUGCUGCUGCCCGUGGCCAGAGAGGAGAGACCAUGCCCAGGGUCCGUACCCCCGAGUCCGACAGCGCCUACAAGAGGUACAGCUCACUGCUGAGGGGCCGCUCGCCUGAGAGGAUGGAGAGAGAGGCACGCUACGCCCCCAGAGAGGAGUCCCCAGACCCCCGCUACAGAGUCCGGAGUCUGGGCCGAGACAUCUCACCUGUCAGGAGCUUCAUAGAGCUGGAGGAGGAGGAGGGAGCAACAGCACCUAGGCUGAAGGAGUCUUACAGCACACUCAAGUCUGACAUCAGCCGUGCUUCCAAAGCGCCCCCGGAGCCCAAGCGGAAGGCUUACAAAGACAGCCCCAAAGAUCUGAGCAUCUGAUGGGACGUCUGCUGUAACACAACCAGCCCCCCCCUCUCACCGCCCCACGGCACCAUGGUUCCUUCUCACCACUCAGCUCUACUCUUCACACAACAGAACACACCUGGACCCUGGAUGAACCUAAAUUAUUGAUUAUAUUACAUUCCUGCGUUCCUACUAGACAGUGAUUCCAAAACCUACAAACUUUUAAUGGCAGAAGUACGAUAUCUUAUUUUGUUCCUUUUAGUUUUUUUGGGGUCGUUUUUUGUCAUUUGGUUAAGCAUCGAGAUGUGUCUCAGAAUUUUACAGAAAAUGUAAAACCACAAAAAACAAUGAUGUGCCUAACAGUUCCAUUAAUGAGCGUAUUUUUGUUUUGUUUUUGUUUGAUAUGAGACGGCCGUUUUCUCAGCCAUCUGUCUGAUGGCUGGUAUGUAUUUUUCCACUGAGCCCAAGGAGGCAGGCAGCACACAGUUCCAGUGACUGGUGCCACCCACACAGAUGCUGUGCAUGUCUUUUUUCUUUCUCUCCCCCAGUGCCACUGUUUUUUAGACAUUUGACCAGACUAUAGCACAAGCCUGCAUUUGUUUGUAUAUUUUUGACUGCAGUAUGUGUACAUUGAUGGGAUCAAAACAAAUUAAGGGAAAAUAAAGUUCAACUACGAUGGUGAUGAUAAUGUUAAAAUAAAAAUAAUAUAUUAAACAUA